UGCAUACCUGACAGCUCCGCGAGCGAGGAAACUUACGAGCACCGUACACAAUAACACCGCGGCACUUUUACGCGUUGUUUUUGUUUUAUCACAAAGCGCGAUAUUUAAAUCCUCCAAAGGAAUAUCGAGUUUCGCAAGAAUUAUCGUGAGAGCUUGAAGCAAAUGGACCAUCAGCCUACGUGCGAGGAGAAUCUCACGGUGUAAGACAGGACUCAUCAACGUAUCACUGGCCACCAUUGCACACUCCAUUGUCUCUAUGGAAACAGAGUACCGUCAGGCAUCAUUGGGCUCUCUGGUUUGUACCCAAGAUGGGGAACCGAUGAGCAACCAAACUCCGGGUCCUGUAACUUUUCAACCGGGGGCCGGAUCAGACUCCUUUCCAUGUCUGCGGCCCCUCUCUUUCCCCCCAGAGUCCAGUGAGGAGGCACGAUGCUCGGGGGAGGUCAUCGUUAUGGUCAAGGAUAAAACAGAGAAUGGUAAUGGAAUUUUUUCUUCUCCAAAUGAUGCUUCUGCCUCCAAACCCAUCAACGUCCCUCCUCGCCGGCAUCAUUCCCUCCCUCAUGCGCACCAUCCUCAUGUUGGCAGCACCCGGAUGGGCGGCCGGUCAAACUCCAUCGCCUACACAGCGUUCUCUCCACGACCCUCAAUUUCACGCCACUCUAGUAUCGCCACCAAUCCUCCAAUGGACCGUUCCAAACCCAAAGACUACCUCAUCCUGGCUGUCAUUGCUUGCUUCUGCCCUGUAUGGCCAAUCAACAUUGUGGGUUUUGUUUACUCCAUAAUGUCCCGUAACAGUCUCGAGCAGGGGAAUAUAGAUGGAGCGAGACGCCUUGGUCGUGUGGCGAAGCUGCUGUCUGUGGUCUCACUGGUGGGAGGAGCUGUCAUUAUCGUAGCAUGCGCCGUGAACCUGUCAAUUCAUGUGAAAUCCUGAGUGCAGUGGUGCCAUGAAUUCAGCUUCACAUCAGACCACAGACUGGAACUCCAUGGCCCAUUUGAUUCACCUCACGGUUGCAGUGACAGCAAUCACAACUUAUAGGGCAAUAGAUAAUAGGAUGCCUCUGCUAUCUGAAAAGCUCAGAAAAAAAAAGAAAAGAAAAUGAAAGAACCCUUGGUAAUCCGCACCAACCUGACAUCCCUAUGGGGCAAGUUACUUUCACUGAUGUCUCUUGCAUUUAUUCCACAGCACUUAUUCAGAGGUUGUAUGAGCACUACAACUCUCACACCUAAACAUGAACAAAUAUGGCUAACAUUUAGUAAAUACUAGCUGUACCCAAGCUCUAUCAAAGUGGAGAAUUUCUGCUAAAGCAAAGUGUUUUUUUCUCUAUAAACAAGAAAACAAGCCAAACCUAUUUACAGACAUGACAUGGGCUUGACAGAUUAUUCCUUCAUCCCAGUAUCCGAUGAGAAUCUUUGUUCUGUGGAGUGCUGCUCAUAUAAUGUAUGAUGAAGUGGAUCUCCUUAGUCAUGAGAAAACACACUCAUACAACUGGAAUCGUGACGCCAAUAUCUGAGACAACUGCCGUUGACAACAUUUGUCCACUCUGUUUUCUUUUUUUUAUUAUUAUAAUUAUAAUUAUUAUUUAUUUAUUUUUAAGUUUUUGCAACAGAAAUGUAACAUGUGCACCCCUUUUGAUAAAGCAAUAUGCAAGCGUUCACAGGCAAGAUAUAUUUGCAUUAUAUGGUAAAAGUGUUGAAUACUGUUUCUGAAAAUAUUCUUUAUGAAAACACUGUUUAUGCUGCAAACCUUUGUAUUGAACUGUGCUGUUGGGUUAUUUAUAUACACUGUGUAAUCUGAAAUAUCUGUAGCUAAUUGUAGCUGAAUCACAACCAAAUAUCGCGAUUCCUGCGAUAUUGUAUUAAUUAGGUGUUGUGUUAAUGAUCCUGUCCUGUAGAUCCAGAUGGGACAUUUGGCUGGCUGAUGAGUCUAAAAGCUCUUGAGACUGUUAUAACAUUGUAAACCGGGUUUUGAAUGGGGUCUUAAGUCAUGUAUGUAACGAAGAAUGUAUAAUGAUGAGAUUUUGACAGGUUUGUAACAAGGGGCAAUAGAUGUCGUUAUUAUUUGGUUGCAAAUGGAUGUAGCUAGUGCUUUUCAUUUCUGUUUAGAUUCAAUGGUAUUUCUUAUGCUAUCUGAAAGAACUUGUGAUUUGUCAAUAAUUAUAUUUAUGGUAGGAUAUGUAGGUUCAAAUCAUACAGUAUAUUUCUAUCUUAUUUAGUUAUAAUUUUUUUAUGCAACCUUUCAUUUUUGUUUCUUUGUUAAUACCCUUUAAGGCUCAUGAUAUUGGUCAGACCUAAAGGAAAGAGAAAUUGCUGAAAAUGUUGUUCUAUUACAAAAUACUUGGCUGUUCUAAACAUUGUGCACUUAUUUUGCAUGCACCUUUUUUUCUCGAAUAUUUUGAUAGUCUUGUAAGCAGCACUAUUUCCCUCUAUGUAUUCUCUUUAGGGGAAAUGGAAUAAAGCAUAAAAAGAUCUGA